AUGUCAAGAGAGGAGCAGAGCAUGUCGGACGUUGAGCUCAGUCCCGGGAUGUCGGACGACAGUCGCUCCCUGUCACCGGGUCAUUCCUCCGGUGCGGCCGGCGGAGGGGACUCGCCUCCCAGCCGGCGGGAGGACCGGCAGCUGGCGGGUCUGGACGACUCGGUUCCAGGCUGCUCGUCUAUCAAAUCCGAGGACGAGGACGACCGCUUCCCCGCAGGGAUCCGGGACGCAGUGAGCCAGGUGCUCAACUGCUACGACUGGACACUGGUGCCCAUGCCCGUGCGGGUGAACAGCGGGAGCAAGAACAAGCCGCAUGUGAAGAGGCCCAUGAACGCCUUCAUGGUGUGGGCGCAGGCGGCGAGGAGGAAGCUGGCAGACCAACACCCGCACCUGCACAACGCAGAGCUCAGCAAGACCCUGGGGAAGCUCUGGAGGCUUCUUAAUGAGAGCGACAAGCGACCCUUCAUCGAGGAGGCAGAGAGGCUGAGGAAGCAGCACAAGAAGGACUAUCCCGACUACAAAUACCAGCCACGACGCCGCAAAAGCGGAAAGCCCGGUUCUGGGUCAGGAAGUGAGGCCGAUGGCCAUUCGGAGGGUGAGGUCGGCCAACCCCACUACAAGGGCCUCCAACUGGAUGUGGCCCUCAGUAGGGGAGCCGGGUCCCCUCUGGAAGAUGGGCACCACCCUCAUGCUGCAGGUCACAGUCCUCCCACACCUCCCACCACUCCCAAGACCGAGCCUCAGUCUGGGAAGGUGGGGGAAGGAAAGCGGGAGGGUGGGUCUGGGGUCUCGCGUGGUGUAAUGGGAGCUGAGGGAAGCUCAGGUGCUCCGGGAUCUGGAAAACCUCACAUCGACUUUGGUAAUGUGGACAUUGGUGAGAUGAGCCACGAGGUGAUGGCCAACAUGGAGCCUUUCGAUGUCAACGAGUUUGACCAGUACCUUCCCCCAAAUGGACACCCAGGGGUUGGGCAGAGUGCUGGGGCAGCUGCUACGGCUUCUCCAGUCUCUCCGUACACCUACGGCAUCUCCUCAGCUCUGGCAGCGGCCAGUGGACACUCAGCAGCCUGGCUCUCCAAGCAGCAGCAGCAGCAGCAGCAGCAGCAGCAGCAGCAGCAGCAGCUUCAACACCACGGCCCGUCUCUGGGCUCUGAUCACUCCAAAGCCCAGAUCAAGAGUGAAGCUGGGGGUGCCGGGGGUCACUUUGCAGAAGCAGCCUCAGUAGGUUCCCAUGUCACCUACACCCCCCUCAGCCUUCCUCACUACGGUUCUGCCUUCCCCUCACUGGCCUCCAGGGCUCAGUUUGCCGAAUAUGCUGACCACCAGGCCUCCGGGUCAUACUACGCUCACUCCAGCCAGGCCUCGGGGUUGUACUCCGCCUUCUCUUACAUGGGGCCCUCCCAGAGGCCCCUGUACACCACCAUCCCUGACCCAGCCAGCGUGCCGCAGUCACACAGCCCCACGCACUGGGAACAGCCCAUCUACACGACUCUGUCGCGGCCAUGA